AUGAAAAGCAUUGUUAAUAAUCCUUAUGAAAACUCUUAUCAAUCUUAAAUCAUUUGUAAAAUGUUUAAUCUUACACAAGAACCUACUUUGAUAUCGUAGCAGUUAGCAAACACUUAGAUACAAAAAUAGUCAUUAUAAUCAAUUCCUUUGGUUCCAUUACGAUAAGGAUAUAAAUCAUAGACCACAAUCAGACCAUCAAUAUUUUAGUCUAAAGUUGAAGAGUCAUCAAAUUUAAAUAGGUAUCAAAUGAUCUAUAAAACUUAAGAGAUGCUUCCUGUCUCAUAGCUAAACUUGAUUCUUUGAGAGAAAUUAAAACUUAAGAGAGUCCUAUCAGACAUCAUAAAACAACCUUAGUUCAUCCUUAAUCUAGUGUUGUUUUAGAAAUCAAAAACAAUGCUUCUAAAACUGCACAAUUAUAACAAGGUGUAUAUGCAAGUUGUGUUUAACCUUUCCGUUCAUCCAAAAGUAAUGCAAGCUCUAGUGUAUCACAUAGUCAAUAGUGGAGUAAGACUUUGCCUCCACAAAAAAAUUAUGAAGCACUUAUAGAAACCCUUAUGAAAGAGCAAGAAACUGUUGUUAAACAAUAUUGUGAAAAAAUAACACUUUUAGAAUAACAAAUUAUUGUACUUUCUUAAGAGAAUACCAAUCUUAUGGAAUAAAAUAAAUUGCUUUUGACUCAAAAUAUUCAGUUAAAUGAAGAAAUCACAUAAUGGAAAAAUUAAGUAAAUCUCGUUCUUUAAUAAUCGUAAAUAAAUUAAAAAACAUAAAAUGAUAUUGAAAUUUUAGAAAAGUAAUUAGAGUACAAGUAGGAUGAGCUUAAUCAAAUCAUCUCAAAUCUUGAAUCAAUCAAAAAUAUUAAUCUUAAAUAUGAAAAAACUAUUAAAGAGUAAUAAGAUCAAAUCAAUUCAAUUUUUCAAUAAAAAGAAUAAGAUAACGAUAUACACUUAGCUUAAAUUACAUCUCAAAACUAAACCAUUUAAGAAAUGGAAAAAAAAAUAAAUUAAUAUUUAAAAAAUGAAUCCUCAUCAUAAAUAUUAAUUAAUGAUUUAUAAAAUAAACUCAAAUAAUUAGAAUAAUAAUUAGAAAAAACUAAAAUAGCUUAUCAAUAAACUCCCAUUAAAAUUAAUGUUAAAGAUUAAUAUGAAUACAAACAAUUAGUUUUGGAAUUAGAUAGUAAAUGUGUGACACUAACUGAAAAAGAAACUUAAGUAGAAGCAUUAAAAAUUAAGAAUUCUAUGCUAUAACAAUAGCUAAUUUAACUAUAAUCAUGCCAAUUAGGUAUCAGGGAUUAUGAAACUGGACUCAAAUAAAAGCAGUAGGAAAUUAAUGAAUUAUAAUUAGCAUUAUAAAGAGAAAAAUAAGAAUUUGAUAACCUUACAUAAUAAUUGCAAAUUAAUUAGAAUAAUAAAAAUGAAGAAUAUGAAAAAAUUAUCAAUUAAUUGGAAUAAACAUUAAUAAGUAAAAAUGAGGAAUUAGAGAAAAUGUCCCUUUAGUUGAAAACUGUAAGAAAAGAAAAAGCUAAAUUAUCGAUGAAUCUUAUUACAGCUGGUAUGGCCAAACUAGUUAUGGAAUCUUAAGUUUCAACUUAAAGUGAAAUUUCUUCUUGA